AUGCGUUCUCAAUUCUCGUAUCUCCUCUUAGCAGUCCUAGGACUCAAGAGUACUAUAGCAACAUACAUAGACCCCGCGCCGUUGAAGAAUGAACAUCCGGGUCAAAUCUUCAGUUCCUCAUCUGGAUCUACAUGUUGUGUAGAUGGUGUAAUCAACACUGGCAACUCAACAGGAAGAUUUGCGGAUAUCAAUGGAACAAGCACAUAUCUCGCCUACCCACCCGGGCGAAACCCAAAAACCAACAUAGCAAUCCUCUACCUGACAGACAUCUUCGGUGUCCAACUAGUAAACAACAGAGUCCUCGCCGACUCCCUCGCCCGCGCCGGUUACUUCGUUCUAAUGCCUGAUCUCUUCGAGGGCGAUCCCGUGCCAUCCUCAGCAAUGGGAGGUAUCCCCAGCACCUUCAACAUAACUCAAUGGCGUGCAGUCCACACGCAAGAAAAAGUCGAAGCCAUCAUUGCCUCUUCCAUCUCCUCUCUCCGCAAACAAUUUGGAGCCAAGAAGAUUGGUGCUGUAGGAUACUGUUUUGGCGGAAAAUAUGUAGCUAGAUUUUUGGCUCCUGGGGGAGGUCUGGAUGCGGGUUUUACUGCGCAUCCGAGUGGUGUGACGACGGAUGAGUGGGCGGCGGUGGGAGGACCAUUGAGUAUUGCUUUUGGUACCCUCGACGGAUCCAAUACCCCAGCACAAAGAGCAGCUGCCGAAGCCAUCUUCACCACCAAAAACCUCACUUUCCAAACAACCCUGUAUUCAAACGCUGAGCACGGAUUCGCCGUUCGAACGGACCUCAGUAUCCCGCAGAAGAAGUUCGCGCAAGAGAGCGCGUAUUUCCAGGCUGUGAGAUGGUUUGAUGCUUGGAUUAAGUAG